GACUGUGAAUCUUAGACAAGGAAAAAAGAGCUGUGAAUGAAAAGCCCUAUAUGCGUCAUGCGUCAGUUGGAAUGAGACCUGCGCAGUGAUGUGGGAGGGACAUCUCUCUCCCACAUCACUGGACCACGAAGCGUUAAAUACCGCUAUGAAUUCCAAGAUUUCAUUGGUUAGAACUACUCACGUGAUAUAUGUGUUCGUAUUGGUCAAAUGAUUAAGAAUGACAGAGCGGGAUAUUUAAAUACCAAUAUUGUAUGCAAAGUGUCGUUUCAAGAAAACAAGUCAGCUGACUGAGGAUGAUGGAUAAAUAUUAAUUUCUUGUUUAUCUUUGACAAUUUUUAUGAUAGAAAUAAAAGUGUGGUAGAAAAUCAAUAUGUAUAUUGAAAAACGGUAUUGAUUAAAAAACACUAUUUAUUCGUUUCUACUAGUCUUCUUUCUAGACUCUACCUAGUCUCAUAAAAUAUUUCUUUUUAUCUCAUAAAAAAUAUAAACAAUUAUUGUAUAGUUAUAAUAUUCUUUUAAUUUAUUUCAGUUGUUCAAUACAAACACGGCAGUACUAGAAUAUAUCUUAUAAAUUAAAUUAUAAAUGCAUGAAAAUUAAAAAGAGAUAAUUUACAUAAAAGUUAAUAUAGGUACUGGAUAUGGGGAAAAGUAAUUUAGGGGAAAUUAUAUGUUAUAUUAUAUAAUAAUUAUGAUUUUCUUCGGCAUUUUGUGAAGUAUAGGGCAUGUUGUGUCUAGUGUCCUUUUAAAAAGUCUGAAAUUUCAUUUACAUUUGGAUUUUUAAACGUAUCACUUAUUAAUAUGUUGCUAAGAUUUUUGUUCCUUUGUGGAGAAAAACCGUUUCUGUGGUUCAAUGUUUUUACAUAUUGAAACCUUUAAAACACUUCAAUUUUUUUAUGCAAAUUUUUAUUAAAUUUUUUGUUGCAUGUGUAUAUUUGACAAAACAAUCUAAACAUUGCUGUCACUUAAAUUAUCUAAAUCGGGUGUAUGUAUUUACAAGCAUCGUCAAAUCUUCAUGAUCUUUUUUAUUGCAAAUUAAAUUGAUGUUACUUAAAUCCUUAAAGUCGUGGUUUCACUAUCAAAUAAUUUGAUCAAACAGUUUGAGCAAACUCAGGAAGUGACGUCACAACUGCAGUUUGUUCAAAUUAUAAAAAUCUAGUCGUCACACUAUCAGUUUGAUCAAAGUUUGUAUUGAGAGUUGUGGUAGUAGGUACAUAUAUCAAAACCCACAAGCAUUCCAACACUUUAGCGAAUAAUAAGCCCCAAACUCUCUAUUGUAGAAGGGAGUUAGUAACAAACCAAAAAGAAAUCAAGUCCUGAUUAGGAAAAAUCUAGAAAACAAACAAGAGUAACUAUUGGCUACAAAAGCUGCUGUACAAAAAUCAGUGUGCAUGCUGAAGAAAGCAACGCAGGAAAGGAUAACGAAACAAUUUUAACGUGUAGCUAGGCCAUGACUGAUAAACAUAUACAGGGGCUCACAGCUUAAAUGAUGCAGUCACUACUCAAUAAAGCUAGCUUGUGUCAGUCGCUCAAUAUUUAUUAGAAAAAACUUACAUACUGAAGGUAGGUAAGUUAGUAUGAUGAGUCUUCUAAAAUAGCAUAAGCUAUGUUUUGGGUUUCAAAUAUGCAAUAAUUAACACCCUCAGCGCCAGUGUAUCCUUUUAGAUAUACACUGUCCUCAACACUGUGUACUAAAAAAGAUACACAUGGCUCGUUGUGUUCGAUCUAUUGUGUCACCUAAAAGGACACACUUUCCUAAGUUUUUAUAUGUAGAGAAUAAUGCUAUGGCCUGAGCCAAUUUCCUGGUAUAACUGGGUUUGGCCUUAUGACAUAAAAAGAUAGAUUGUAUGUAACUAGAAAUUCGUAUGAAAAAUGUUGCCAUGUAUGGGCCAAAACAACUUGCUCCAACUCAUUAUGCAGGGAAAGAUUCAAGGAAAAGGAAGCAUAGGGAGAUGCAGAAUAUCUUGGCUGCGCAACUUGAGAGAAUGGUACGGAUGAACAUCAAAUGAACUUUUCAGAGCAGUCGUCUGCAAAGUCCUAAUAGCUAAGAUGUAUUGUCAGAGAAAUAGCAAAUAAUCCCAAAAAAGUGCACCAAAAUUGAGAGAUGAGGUGGAAACACAGUUUGGAAAAAUAGGUAACCCUAAAACAAUUAAACGGAUAUUACAAAAGAAUAAUCUACCUACAUAGCUGAACUGCAAGAAAUAAAUCUUUUAUCAGCCAAAGAAAUAAGCAACAAGGAGUUUUGUUUUCUUUAUUAAUAUUCUCCUUUAAAAGUUUACAUCAUUUUAGCUGAUAUCAAAAUCGUACACAAAAUAAUUAAAGAACUAUUGUUAUUUAAGUAUGGUAUAUUUGAAACCCAAAACAUAGCUUUGCUAUUUUAGAGGACUUUAGUUAGUAACUUACUGUCAGUAUGUAAUUUUUUUUUCUUAUAUUGGGUCACUGACACAAGCUAGUUUUAUUGAGUAACGACUGUAUCAUUUCAGAAUUGAAGCUGUGAGUCACUGUAGGUGCAGUACAAUAAUUUUGCUUAUACAAAUUAUCAGUAAUAAUAUUUAUUUACAUCAAAAUAAAAAUUCCAUCACAUAAUGAUGUCUAACAGCUGAUUGUCAUUUGUCUUUAUUGCUUAAUUCUCUGACCAAUACGAACACAGAUAUCACGUGGGUAGUUCUAACCAAUAAAAUCGUGGAAUUCAUAGCGGUAUUUAACGGCUCGUCACUGGACCUGCGCCUGCCUGCCUAGAAUUUAUGAGUGUUUAUUAUGACAUGCGUUUGGCCCAGUGAUGUGGGAGGUUUCCCCUUCCCCCUCUGAGCAGUAAAAUAUCGCGCAGCAACAGUCUGGCCAUCUACUAUACUAUUAUUCUCAUGUGGGACCCAUUUUCGCGCUGAUUUUUACUGCUCUUACGGCGGCCGUAAAAAACCGCCCAUGUGGCCAAACGCAUGACAUAGAGUGAUGCGCAUGCGCAUGACGCAUAUUGUUAUUGUUUCAUUUUUCAUUGUUGAUUGUUGGAUUGUUGCUGUUUGUAUUGAAAUCAAGUUUAAUUUAAUAAUAAAAUGGAAGUAAAACAAGAAUUUAAUGAGGAGACGUGUAAAAUAGAAAUAGAGUCUAACGACUUAGAUAAUGAUGAUGCUCUUCUAGAUCUAGAUGUCUUUAAAUGUGAAAUUAAGGAAGAAUCAAAUAGCAAAAGUACACAUUGCACAUGUGAUUAUUUAGACUUAAAGGAAAUUCCUACAAAUGAAAUACACCAAGAGAGAAAUAAACUAAACCCGUUUGAAGAAAACCAACAAACUGAAAAAGGCUUUAAAUGUGACAUUAAGGAGGAAUCCAAUAGCCAAAGUACACAUGACGCAUGUGAUUAUUUUGACUUAAAGAAAAUUCCUAGAAAUACUGAAAUACACCAAGAUGGAAAUAAACUAAACCUAUUUGAAGAAAACCAAAAAACUGAAAAAGGUUUUACUCAGGAGGAGAAUAAAAUAGAAGGUAUGGAAACAGUUUGUGAACAUUCAUCCCGUAAACAACACUAUACGAGUCGACACGCCAAGGGAAAAACUGUAAAUAAAAAUAUAAAAGUACAGACUAGACAGGGAACUUACAAAUGCAAGAUUUGUUUCAAACAGUUUUCUAAAACACAUUAUUUGAAACAACAUUUAAGAGUGCACACUGGAGAAAAACCUCACAAGUGUGAAAUUUGUUUUCAGCAGUUCAGUCAAGCAGGACAUUUGAAAGUACAUUUGAGAAUACACACUGGAGAAAAACCUCACAAGUGUGAAAUUUGUUUUAAGCAGUUUAGUGUACUAGGACAUUUGAAAAGCCAUUUGAGAGUGCAUACUGCUGAAAAACCUCACAAGUGUCAAAUCUGUUUUAAGCAGUUUAGGGAAGCAGGUAGUUUAAAAACACAUUUGAGAGUGCACACUGGAGAAAUAUUGUACAAGUGUGAAAUCUGUUUUAAUCAGUUUAUUCACGCAAGUAGUUUGAAAAGACAUUUAGGAGUACACACUGAAGAAAGACCUUACAAGUGUGAAAUCUGUUUUAAGCAGUUUAUUAACACAAGUCAGUUGAAAAUACAUUUGAGAGUGCAUACUGGAGAAAAACCUCACAAGUGUGAAAUUUGUUUUAAGCAGUUUAGUCAAACAAGUAAUUUAAAAAAACAUUUGAGUGUGCAUACUGGAGAAAAACCUCACAAGUGUCAAAUCUGUUUUAAGGGGUUUAGUGAAGCAAGUAGUUUAAAAUCACAUUUGAGAGUGCACACUGGAGAAAAACCUCACAAGGAAAAACCUCACAAGUGUGAAAUUUGUUUUAAGCAAUUUUUUACAGCAGGUAAUUUGAAAGUCCAUUUGAGAGUGCACACUGGAGAAAAACCUCACAAGUGUCAAAUCUGUUUUAAGCAGUUUAGUGAAGCAAGUAGUUUGAAAUUACAUUUAAGAGUACACACUGGAGAUAAACCUUACAAGUGUGAAAUAUGUUUUCAGCAGUUUAGUCAAGCAGGAAAUUUGAAAAAACAUUUGAGAGUACACACGGGAGAAAAACCUCACAAGUGUGAAAUCUGUUUUAAGCAGUUUAGUCAAGCAGGUGAUUUGAAAACACAUUUUACAGUGCACACUGGAGAAAAACCUCACAAGUGUGAAAUUUGUUUUCAGAAAUUUAGUCGAGUAGGAUAUUUGAAAAGACAUUUGAGAGUUCAUACCGGGGAAAAACCUCACAAGUGUGAGGAAAAACCUCACAAGUGUGAAAUCUGUUUUCAGCAGUUUCGUGAAGCAGGUACUUUAAAAAUACAUUUGAGAGUGCACACGGGAGAAAAACCUUACAAGUGUAAAAUCUGUUUUAAGCAAUUUAGUCAAGCAGGACAUUUGAUAAGACAUGCGAGAGUACACACUGGAAAUAAACCGCACAAGUGUGAAAUUUGUUUUCAGCAAUUCAGUCAAGCAGGAAAUUUGAAAGUACAUUUGAGAAUACACACUGGAGAAAAACCUCACAAGUGUGAAAUCUGUUUUAAGCAGUUUAGUGAAGCACGUGAUCUGAAAACACAUUUAAGAGUGCACAAUGGAGAAAUACCUCACCAGUGUGACAUUUGUUUUAAGCAGUUUAGUAGAGCAUUUGAUUUGAAACAACAUUCGAGAGUGCACACUGGAGAAAAACCUCACAAGUGUGAAAUCUGUUUAAAGCAGUUUAAUCAAUCAGGACAGUUGAAAAGACAUUUGAGAGUGCACCAUGGAGAAAAACCAUACAAGUGUCAAAUCUGUUUUAAGCAGUUUAGUCACGCAGGUAGUUUGAAAAUACAUUUAGGAGUACACACUCUGUUUUAAGCAGUUUAGGUCCGGUUUCGCCAACAACAAAUAAAUCAAUGAAUAAGCUAUUCGUCGAAUAAAAUUUAUUAGAUGUUUAAGUUUAUAUUUUGUUUCAAUAGAAUUUUGAUGAUUUAAAGUUAAACGGACGAAUUUACUUUUUUCUAAAUAUUUACACCCAGAUUAACUUGCCAAUUUACUCGAAGAGUAAGUAUUUUUUUGAUAAAUAAAUAAAAUAAGUCUUAUUUGACGUUAGUAAAAGGGAGAAAUGUCAGUUUAAUGGUCGAAUAACUUUAAUCAUAAAAUAAACUACUAUUUGUCGUUGGUGAAGCCGGCCCUUUGUCAAGCAGGUGAUUUGAAAACACAUUUUAAACUUCAUACUGGAGAAAAACGUCACAAUAGUGUGACAUUUGUUUUAAGCAGUUUAGUAGAGCAGGUGAUUUCAAACAACAUUCGAGAGUACACACUGAAGAAAAACCUCACAAGUGUGAGAUUUGUUUUCAGCAAUUUAGUCGAGUAGUACAUUUUGGUCGGCCCUCAAUUCGUCCCCGAGCAGGUACUAGAAGAUAAUCCUACCCUUAAUUUCUACCGAUGCUAAUUACGGAACUUUAAUGACACCGCUCAACUGGUCCCCGAGCACGGGAUUAUAAUUUCUGGGAAAUCCAAUUUGAGUAUAAGCGAGUUUAAAUUUAUUUUCACGUUUGUUUUGUAAUAACUACCUAUUUGAAAAAAACAUUAUGGAAUGCUCUAAAAGUUUUAGCGAAGAUGGAAAAUCUAUAUUAAUAGUAGAAUCUCACACAUUUAUGAGACAAUGUUCUUACAAAAAUCGUUUAAAACUUUUGCAAAUUAAAUGCUUAGGUUUGAGAUUAAAUCUGAACCCAGAAAUUAUUCUGACAGACUUUGAAAUAGCCAUUCACAAUGCCAUAAGAACAGUGUUCCCAAAUUCCAAAAUAGUAGGCUGCAGGUUUCAUUUGGCACAAGCAUGUCACAAAACAAUGAAACAGUCUACAAUUGAAUCGGUCAUUUCAAAAACAACACGAGUCACAUAUUCCUAAUUUUAAAAGAGAGUAAAAAAACUAACUAUAGUACGUUCUUUGACGGUAAAAUAUUGCAAAACCUCCCAAAUUUUAAAGAACCGAUGGGAUUGACAUGAAAUUUGGCAUACACAUAGCUAACAAGUCAAAGAAAAAAGUGAUAUUGUGCCGAUAUGUGCUUUUGCCCUGGGGGUGGUUUUCACCCCCUUUUGGAGGUGAAAAAAUAUUCGUCCAAAGUAAGUCCGGAAAUUGGUAAACUGACUAAUUUUAAGUAACUUUUGUUCUAUAGAUUUUCCCCAGAGUAACAUCUGAAAAUUAUUUUGACACUUUAAAAAAUUUAUGAUUAAUAAUUUAAAUUAACUAUAUACAUUGACUUAAUGAUUAUUUUAUUAUGAGUAUUUAUUUUUGAUUUGUUCUGAACGAUUACUACUGCAUUUCCUUUAAUAUUUCAUUAAUAAUUAUCUUCUGUAUUCGUUUUAACUUGUUUCCUGUUAAAAACUAGUUUGGCGCCUUCUUCUAUUAUCCUCUUUUAUUAUCUUCUAUUUACUAUAUCUCUUCAUCUAACAUUUAAAUCAUCAACUGAACUUACUGAACGUACCCCUUAUAUCCUUACUCUGUAGAUACAGUAGGAAAAAUGAAAGAAUACCCAUGAAAGAACAUAUAAAACACGCUAAAUUUUCCUGUCACCGUGUCACACAAAAAAUUGGCCAGCGCAAGUACAUGUAAUAAUUAUUGUUACAUGUACUUGCACUGGACAAUUUUCUUUGUGACACGGUGACAGGAAAAUACAGCGUGUUUUAUAUGUUCGUUCAUGGGUAUUCUCACAUUUUUCCGACUGUAUCUGUCUUUCAAUACGGAACAUGCCUGCCACCUCCUAUGUCCCACUGUCAUGACCGUGAAACUUCAUCGCUCGCUGACACUAAGUGGAAAGGGAAGAAUUAUUUCUUAAAAAGGCAUGUAAUGUGAACAAUAAAUAAUUUUUAUUCAAAUUAUCUCUCUCUUGGGUUUUUGGAAAGAAAUCAACCUUUUCCUCUUCGGUAACGUAAGCCUCACACAUCACCGGUGAUGCAACUUUAAGGCAAAGAAUGAGACUUUGACAUCCAGACUACAGCACCCAACAUCUUCAGCUGCAGGGAUCUGAGGCCGAACAUCUGCCCAGGUCUAUAAGAAGUCGACAGCAGUACCAUUUGACAUCAAUAAGUUACCAUCAGAUACCAAAAGCCAUAAGUAUAAUCCAGAAUUGUUAGUUUUUGGCAAGAAUUUGAAUAUAUUUGUUAAUGCAAUUUAAUAAGUCAUACUUUUAUUAUAUCUUUAUUGAACAAUAAACAUGAUUGGUUAAAAAUAUUGUUUUGUUUGCUUCCAUUCCAAAUUUUCAUAGUUCAUAUCUAAGAUUAGGACAAGACGAACACACACCUAGAGUUACUGAGCUAUGCUUAGGGUGAACGAUAGCUAUCUUAGUUAUUUGAAAUAUUAUUUUCGA